GAUUUCAAUUAACAUCUAAUGUUAUGGAAGAAGUAUUACAUUUGUUCGAAAAUAGGUUAAAUGAAAUAGGUGACCUCCUAAUGGAAUCAUUUGAAAUAAUUCUUAUGAAAUCAACAUCUGAUGUUGCAAGUUCCUGUCUUAUUCAAGCAAUUAAACCCGAAAGAAAUUUUAAAAAAACUGAUUUAUUAGAAUUUUUAAUUAAAAGAGUUGAUAAAAGAGCUUUAAAAAAUGCAUUAGAUCAUUAUAAAGUUGGAUUCAAGUUUAAUGCUGAAUCAAUCAAAACAACAAAGAAAAUUAGAUCAUUAACAGUCCAUUCAAAUCUCUAUUAUUGGAUACUUAAAAAAUAUGGUCCGAAUUCUGAAGUAACUCAGAAAUGUUUUGAUGACAUUAUUGA